AUGGCUGUCAGCAUGCUGAUUGGAGGACGACUGGAGCUAUUCACCAAUCAGAGUGCUGACAGCCCUUCACUGUAUGGAAGCAUGUGGAAAGACAGUGCAGGCCCACAGGAGACGUAUGGUGGAAUGUUUUUAAUUGAUCAUCGACCUGGAGCAAUAUAUUGGUCCCUGGCAGCCUGCAUCUUGUGUCUGUCUGUGGUGUUAGCUGCUGAAGAUGAUAAAGAAGCAGGUCAGAAAGGUUUCCCAAUAGACUGUGAUCAACUACCAAAGGACAGUCCCAGUGGUGUGUAUGUAAUCAAGCCCCAGGAAUCACCUCCGCUGGUAGUCUACUGUCAUGUGGAUGAGGAUGGCAAAAUCUGGACUGUAGUCCAAAGGAACUCAAUUAAGACUGAAAUCACUUGGCAUGAAUCCUGGACAACCUUCAAAUAUGGCUUUGGCAAUGUGAUGAAGGAUUAUUGGCUGGGUAAUGAGUACAUUCACCUGCUCACUGCCCAGAGAGUCUACAUGGUACGUUUCCUAAUAACAGACAAAGCAGACAAGGAGUGGUAUGCUGAUUAUGAUAUCUUCAGCCUUGACAAAGAAGUUAAUGGCUAUGCAUUGCGGCUUGGAAGGUACUCAGGAACUGCAGGGGACAGCCUUACCAUCUUUGAUUCAAACACUGUGCAUGACAACAUGAAGUUCUCCACUAAGGACAAAGAUCAGGACCGGAGCACCUCUCACUGUGCUGUUUCAUAUAGUGGCUGGUGGUAUGAUAAUUGCUACCUGGUCCAGCUGAAUGCCAAAAAUUUAAUCUACUGGAAAAACGUCUGUACUGGAGAUUGCUCCAAGUCAAUGAUCAUGGUACGGCCUACAGGUAUAUGCUGA